AUGCUGUUCCAUUUGUUGUACCAUUUUUUAUUACUUUUAUUGCUUGCUACUGAUGGAGUACAGCUAUGCCCUAAGCAAUGUGACUGCAAUAACAGUGCAGUGUUUUGCCAGCGGAAAGGACUUCGGCGGAUACCGGCAAAUAUUCCCGCAAAUACUACGCGACUUGAUUUACGCUACAAUUUUAUGAAGCGGAUGUCUAAAGCAGAUUUAUAUGGACUGAAAAAUCUCGAAACUCUUUUCCUAACGCAUAAUCGGCUUCGGUUGGUAGAUGAGAAUGUGUUUGAUGUAGUGCCGAACUUGAAGAAGUUUUUCGGGUCGGAAAAUAAGAUCCAGUUAUUGCCAGUAUUGCGCACAGAUAAGCCGAGUUACUUGGAACAUUUAGACUUACGUUCCAACCAAAUUCUUUAUUUGGAUGAUCAAUUUAUGACAAGUUUACCCUAUCUGCAAUAUUUGGAUCUCUCCAACAAUCAGUUGGAAACUCUUCCAGAGAGUAUACUCAAAAGCAGUUUUUUGAAAAAAGUGCAUAUUGAGAAGAAUCCUCUGAAUUGCGACUGCAGAUGGUUACGUUUGAGGAAGUUUUUGAAGGGUAAACAGGGCAAAGUUGAGCCGCUCUGUUUUUACCCUCCGGGCUUGAGGAGGAGCCGUUUGUUUGCUUUGAAUGAUGAGAACUUAAAAUGUCACCGGGCGAUACCUAUUGGGUCGCAGAACUCGCUACUUCUGGGAUCUGCUGAACGAGUAGACAUGCACAGGGGAAGAAACUUGGAUGAGGAGUACAGUGGCGAAUACGAGCUGUUUGCCAACAAUACUCUAUCAGUGGAUCCCACUGAAAACUACAACGACUUUCAGUGCGCAGUUGACUAUUAUUUGCAUCCAAGCAGGCAAAGACGUCAACUACAAACUCCUUCCCGACCAAAAUUUCUGAUAAAGCCUAAAGACCAAUCAUACCACGAAGGAACUGCAGCACGCAUUGUCUGUCAGGGACGAUCACCCAGUUUUUAUCAAUAUCCCCCUAAACGUCUUCCUAUUAAGGCAUUUGGGCACCCAACUCCAAAGAUAAAAUGGUUUUUUGGUGGAAGAAAAUUUAAUUUCUCAAGGAAACACGAAUUCAGCAAUAGGAAAACAACUCUUAUAAUUACACCAUUCUUGGAAAUAGAUGCUGGAAGAUGCACAUGUACCGCGGAAAACGUUUUUGGAUUCAGUGAGGCUUCAGCAAUGAUUGGGAUUCUCCCCAGUGUUCCAUCUCAAAUAACGGAUGAACCAAAAUCAGCAACCGCUUCGGAAGGAUCAAUGGUAGUACUUCGAUGCCGUGCUGUUGGAAGUCCCCAAUCAACGAUCACUUGGGCUUUAAAUGGAAAAAACAUACCUAUAGUUAAAGGAAAUCAAACUGUGUCGGCAGAUGGAACAACUUUAACUUUGGCUGGAGUAACAAAGGCAGAUUCCGGUGUAUAUACCUGUAUGGCAGGAAAUAUAGUUGGCUCAAUGACUGCUGAUGCUGGGUUGACAGUAGCUGCUUCAUCAUUCAAGCAUCCGACGAACACCCACCAGAAGCCUCAAGCCCGUAAGCAAAAGUUGUCGCCUAUUACUUCGCCUCACGAACUGUUAAAAUGGUUCCGGUUUGUAACCUCAGCCGCCGGUAGACUCAGUAGAGUUCGUGAAAUUUAUGCAGAAAGCAUACAUCUUAAGCUAUCGCUACAGGAGGUGGCUAAUAAAGCAUCCUUUGACAUUUUGCUGCCGCAAACUCAUACAGAUACACUGGUAGAAUUAACAGGAUGCUCAGUCACGUCAACUAGGGAUCCCUGUGUAGAUGAUAUCGGUAAGGAAGGAUAUUAUAUUAAUAACGACACUGUGCUGAAAAUCUGCUUACGCACGUUUGACGGCCAGUGCAAUAAUCGAGAACAUACUAAGUGGGGCUCUAGUCACACACCAUUUCGUAGAAUACUCCCACCUAUUUAUGAAAACGGUUUCAACACGCCCGUUGCCUGGGAUCCGCAUCAGCUUUAUUGUGGCUAUUCAAAGCCUAAUCCCAGAGCUGUUUCCCGAUCGGUUUUUGGAGUCAAUUCAAUUACGCCACAUGAAAACCUAUCGUCUUUUGUCAUGCAAUGGGGUCAGUUUAUCGAUCAUGACAUCGACUUCAUCGCACCGGCUGUCCCACGAGACGUUUUUAAAAAUGGAGAACUCUGUAACAGAACAUGUGAAAAUGCUAAUCCCUGUUACAACAUACAGCUGCUACCGGGUGAUCCUAUAAUGAGGCCCAGAACUCGGCACCACUGUAUGGAGUUUGAACGCUCCAGUCCGGUAUGCGGUUCUGGAGAAACAUCAUUAAUCUAUGGACAGGUCACAUAUCGAGAGCAAAUGAACAAGUUAACAAGCUACAUUGAUGGGUCGGCCAUUUAUGGGAGCACAGAAGAAGAAGCAUUGAAACCUCGUGAUCUAAUUUCUAACCGAGGAUUGCUUAGGUAUGAUAUAUUGUCACAGGCGCGAAAACCAUAUCUACCAUUCGAUACCGACUUCAAGAUGGACUGUAAAAGAAACCAGUCAAAGACUUAUUCAGUGCGCUGUUUUCUCGCUGGAGAUGUUCGAGCAAAUGAGCAGCUCGGACUGCUUAGUAUUCAUACAGUGAUGAUGAGGGAACAUAAUCGUGUGGCACUGAAAUUGGAGCAACAGAAUCCUCGGUUGGAUGGCGAAACACUAUACCAAGAAAGCAGAAAAAUUAUUGCUGCUCAAAUGCAACAUAUCACUUUUCAGCACUGGCUCCCAAAGAUACUAGGAAAAGAUAAUUAUGAAAAAAUGAUCGGGCCUUAUGACGGCUACAAACCUGAAGUUGAUGCUAGCAUAUCUAACGCAUUCGCUACCGCAGCUCACCGUCAUAUACCAUUACGAGAUGCAUUUUUUGCACCAGAAAUAAUCGUAUCAGACGGUAUUGAUCCGAUUCUCAGAGGACUUUUUUUGUCCACAAUGAAGAAACCUUUACCAGAACAGAUAGUCAAUCAAGAAUUGACAGAUAAAGUGUUCCAUAAAGCCCAUGACGCCCCACUCGAUCUGAUGUCGAUAAACAUUCAACGAGGACGUGAUCACGGCCUACCAACCUAUACAGAGUACAGAAAAUGGUGUAAUCUGGCUGGAUUUAAAGAGCGAGGUGAUUUACAAGGAACAAUACCAAACCAUAUUAUUGUAAAACUUCGCAAACUAUAUGGUCAUCCAGGAAUGUCUGAAAUAAGAGAAGGGGACAGCCUAAUUGGGCCAACAUUUAGAUGUAUUAUCGCCGAACAGUUCCGACGAAUCCGUAGUGGCAAUCGCUUCUGGUACGAAAAUGAAGGGGUAUUCACACCGGAGCAGUUAAACAAAAUAAAAAAAGCACAUUUGGCCAGAAUUUUUUGUGAUAAUGGUGACGAGAUUGACCAAAUACAGAAAGAUGCCUUUGUCUAUGUAGGCUCUCAGCUGGAAGAUUUUGAACAUUGUUCAGAUUGGCCAAAAAUUGAUUUUACACCAUGA